AAUAAAUAUUAGAGAGAAUGAAUUCACUAGAGUGAUUCGAGAUGAGCAAGAAGAUUGGGUUAAAAGAAUGCAAUUGCCACCAAAUACUGCGAUGAAUGAGGCAUUAUUAGAAAAUGUUUUAGUGAUGAUUGUUUGUAUUCUUACCAAAGUUCCUGUGUUUAUUAUCGGUGCUCCUGGGUCAUCAAAAUCUUUAGCGAUUAAACUUGUAGGACAAAGCCUUCGUGGAUCUGAUUCAAAUGAUAGAUAUUUCCGAAAACUUCCUCAGGUAUACCUUAUUUCCUACCAAGGGUCGUCAUCUUCAACUUCGGACGGUAUCAUUAAAGUUUUUGACAAAGCUAUUAAAUACCAAGAAACCAGUUCAAAAGAAUUUUCUGUGAUCAGUGUUGUUCUUCUUGAUGAAGUCGGAUUGGCUGAAACUAGUCCACACAAUCCACUUAAAGUACUUCAUGCAUUACUUGAACCAAAUUAUCCGUCAGAUGGGCCAGCAGUUUCCGUCGUUGGUAUUAGCAAUUGGAGAUUAGAUAAUAGUAAAAGCAGCAGAGCUUUAUUA